CUUCAGUCCAGGCCCUGAAUGGCUGGUCUCCAGUUGGCUCCACAUCUGCCUGUGGGCGUUAUGUUCCCACAUAAUAAAACGGAAGCUCCAGGGCUCCACUCAGCCAAGCAAGACCCUUAUGAACAAGGUGACUCUUCCCAGCGAUCCUCGAUGGGGCAGAACAAUUUUCAGCAGAAGCUUUUGAGCAACCAAGAACUGGCACUGUACUCUCAACCCAAAUCGAACACCGGCACACCAGCCUGGAGCUACUCUUAUCCCCACUAUGCUGGAAUUAGCCAGCGAGACAUGGGCAGUGAUCUCCUGGGCCAAGGAAAGGGUUUGCCAAGUUCUCAAUCUCGAUAUCCCAAAGCAAAUGACCAGGACUUCAUCCCCUUUACAAAAAAGCGAGUUGGGGUGGACCGGGCAUACCCACUGAAACCCAUGGUCCACCCCAAGUAUCAUAGUAUAGGUGAGGCCAGCACUGAUGGGGACCAGAAUGUCUGCCUAAGAACCCCUGAGCCAAGAGAAUUUACAGACAGCAAUUUUGAUUUGAGGAAUGGGGUGAACUCAUCUGUUCUUGCUGACUUGCAGCGGGAGAAGGCCAGGGCAAACCUCCGAAGGACUGAGUGGCUGCAGAUCGAAAGAUUGGAAGCUGCAGGGGAGAGCUUAGAGGAGGAAAUUCAAAGAAAGGAGAUUCUCCUGAGAGAAAAGCUGAAGAAGAUAGAAGAGGAACUUAGAAGGAUCCAGAAGGUAAAAGAACAGGCCAAGGGAAACSAAGACAGAGGGCUACAGAGAAUGAUCUUUCCCAGGAGGGAAGUUAAAGUUGAUAACAGCAACACAACAUACAAACCUGUUUUCUCCCCACAAUUUGGGUCUGAAGAGGUAUUUAGUAGAGACAGGAGAGAGGAUGAAGCCUGGGGACAGCCUCAAGAAAAUUUUAGUUCAUUCCAGUUAUCUGAUUAUAGAAUCCAGAGGCUUAAAAGGGAAAGGCUGGUGGCAAGCAACAACAAAAUCCGAGACCAAGCCUCAGGGCCAUUAGUGGCAAAGUUCUCUCAGCCUUUGGAAGAACCAAGCAGCGAUUUGGAGAGAUCCACAAGAAGUUCUAGCCCAUGCAGGACACCAGGCUCCUCAGGUUCCAGCUGCUCUACUGAAGAGCCAGAACUGGGCAAGUGCAGCCACUGUGGACGCAAAUUUCUCUUGCUCAGGCUGGAGAGACACUCUGCAAUCUGUGGCAGGAUGCAGGGUUCCAAGAGGAAAGUGUUCGACUCCUCCAGGGCCCGGGCUAAAGGCACGGAGCUAGAGCAGUACUUGAAUUGGAAGGGGCCAGCUGCAGUCAAGGUUGAACCUCCUCGGAAGAACAACUGGAGGCAGAAGCACGAAUCUUUCAUCUAUACCCUCCGUCAUGCACGGGAGAUCCAGCAGAUAAUUGCCAAAGGUGGAAAACCCUCAGACUUGCAUACCAUCCUGCCUGCAGAAAACCCAGACUAUAUUCAGUGUCCUCACUGUAGCCGCCACUUUGCUCCCAAAGUGGCUGAGCGACACAUUCCCAAGUGUAAGACCAUUAAGAACCGUCCUCCACCUCCACGGAAGCAUUAUAGUUGAGCAGGCAAUAAUGGAAAUAUCCUUGAGUAGUUAAGAAGGUUCUACUACAGCAAUGAACAGAAGUAGAACAAUUUGAUAUAAAGUAAAGAUAAAAAGAAAACUUUGACAUCACCUAGAAUUGCCUGCAGAGCCAGAAACAAUAAGAGCAAAUGCUAGGCCGCAAGAGGCAGGAGGAAGACCCAGCUUCCCACUAAAUUAAAAUCUCUACCGUUUGCCUUAUGGCUUUGCCCUAGGAACUGAUGGGUGAAGACACAGAACAGCGAGCAGCCUACAUUAAAGCUGUCUUCUUGCAAGCCAGACUGUGGUUUGUACUAGUGAAAUGCCUGUAUUUGGUUGUACCUUUUGGUCAUGGUAUGUGUGUGGUUUCUGUUAAUUCUUCUGGCUCYUGCAAGAAGUUGAAGUUUUGAGAGGAGUUGGGAUCAGAGGACCAUGAUCACCCAGAUGGUAACUUUUAUAAAAGACAAUGCAAGGGCUUUGAAUCCGCUUCAACACUUAGCAUCACCCCACAGUCUCAGCCACAAGGCAUUAUUAAUAGAAAUCUAUCCUUGGCUUCCCUGGGGCAUGGUCCUGGCCAAAUGCCAAAAAAAGUAUGUGAUGUUAGGGCAGGAAUAUGUCCUAAACCUUCCCUGUGUUGUACUGUAUAAUAAAGGAAACAUCUUUAUUUACUUCACAGAGUAGGGGUGGUAGGGUACCGUGGUAGGAAGCUCAUUAUUCUUCUCCCUACUUGUUCUUUAUUCUAAUAGGUUUCAUAUGUUGAAAAAAAGAAAAAGGAAGAAGCUGCUAGCCCUCUGGCUAUCAAAUUAGGUUGUUGACUUUUUUUUU